GCGUCUUUGGCGCUCUCUAGCGGCUAAACAGGAAACCGCAAAAAUACACACACAAAAAAGAAAGCAAUAUGGCGACCCCCGGGCGACUUGUGUCAAGGUUGGCGGUGGUAACUGGUGGCGGCAGCGGCAUUGGUCGCGCUGUUUGCCAGCGCUUGGCCUCCGAGGGCGCCUCCGUAGUCGUCGCUGACCUCAACGAGGCGUCAGCCAAUGAGACGCUGAAAAGCCUGCCGCGUGACCUCAGGGGUCAGGCCCACAUGGCAACGGCGGCGGACGUGGCGUCAAAAGAGAGCGUGAAGACCUUGCUCACGAGUAUCCAAGCUCGCUACUUCCAGCCACCUUCAGUGUGUGUGAACGCAGCGGGCAUCACCCUGGACAACUUCCUGCUCGACAUGGAGGAGGAUGACUUUGACAAGGUGGUCCAGGUCAACCUGAAGGGCUCCUUUUUGGUCGUACAGGCGGUGGCUCAGGCCCUGGUGGCCUCUGGAGCCACCAAAGGAUCGCUCAUUACUGUGGGCAGCAUUGUGGGCAAAGUGGGAAACAUAGGACAGGUCAAUUACGCUGCGUCAAAAGCCGGAGUGGAAGGUGUCACCAGGACGGCCGCCAAGGAGCUCGCUCGAUGGUUACAUUUCAGGUUUGGGAUUCGGUGUAACUGUGUGCUGCCAGGAUUCAUAUCGACCCCCAUGACGGACACAGUGCCCGAGAAGGUGAUCAGCAAGAUGAAGGCUCUCAUACCGCUGGGGAGGAUGGGCGAAGCGGCAGAGGUCGCUGAUGUGUGCGCCUUCCUAGCUUCGGAUGAUGCUCGUUACAUCACGGGGGCCAGCCUGGAGGUGACGGGGGGACUUUUCAUGGGCUAAACCAGAAGCCUGCUGAACAAUGUGUCUAUGCCUGAAAUCAUAGCGGACAAAUUCAAGGAUCUCGUCAGAUCCGGUCCACCGUGUAUUAUUUGUGGCCCGUGAAAUAAAAACACUGUGUCAACAUUG